AUGGACGAGAUCCAGUACAAGCUUGAGCAUGUGAAGGUCACUCCUAUCGCGGCCGACAAUAUCGACAAGACCUUCCGCUCCAGUUGUAUUGACCUCAUCUCAGCGGCGCUGGGGGGCAAAGUCCUGGGAUACUCGGACCAAUGGUUCGCCGACGCCUCAAACCUCAUAAACCCGGCCGCCCCUAUCAGGCAGCCGGGCAAGAUGGUGUACACAGGCGCCUGGUAUGACGGCUGGGAAACGAGACGGCACAACGCUGAGCCGUUCGACUGGGUUGUGAUUCGCCUGGGCGUGGCCUCUGGCACGGUCGAGGGCGUCGAAGUGGACACAGCUUUCUUCAACGGCAACCACGCGCCCGCCGUUUCGGUCGAAGGCUGCUUCAGCCAGGAUGACGAGCAAGUUCUCUCCUGGAAGGGAGAUCGUGGCGGUUGGGAAACCAUCCUUGGUAUCCAAGAAUGCGGCCCAUCCCAAAGAUUUGGCUGGAAGCUGGACAGUCCGACGCGGAAGCAAUAUACCCAUGUCCGUCUGAAUAUGUACCCCGAUGGAGGCAUCGCCAGGUUCCGUCUUUAUGGGCAUGCGGUGCCUGUUUUUCCAGAAGAUAAGGAGGCUAUCAUCGACCUCGCUGCGGCUCAGAAUGGAGGAGUAGCUGUCGCGUGCAGUGACCAGCAUUUUGGCAGCAAAGAUAACUUGAUCCUACCAGGCCGCGGGAGGGACAUGGGAGACGGAUGGGAGACUGCUCGGUCUCGCACCAAAGGGCACUUCGACUGGGCCAUUAUCAGGCUUGGGGCGGCUGGGUUCAUACAAAGUUUCAUCGUUGACACAGCCCAUUUCCGGGGUAACUAUCCUCAGCAAGUGAGAAUCGAGGCGAUUGAGUGGAAGGGAGAGCGGGAACCAGAGGCCGAUGCUGCGGAUUGGAUAGAGAUGGCAGAGCCUGUCAAGUGCGGUCCGGAUCAAGAGCACCCAGUCGAAAGCCGGGUCAAGGACAAGGCAUUUACCCAUGUCAAGCUCAUCAUGGUGCCAGAUGGAGGAGUGAAAAGACUGAGAGUCUUUGCGAAGCGGGCUGUCUGA